UUUUUAAAGAGUAUAGAAAAUAAUCCAGCGUGACUUUCACUCUCUCUGUUUGUUUGUUUUAAAUUCCUUUUGACAAUUAACCUGAUUGUUUUCUUUUCUAUUAACCAAAUGACACUUAAUCUAAUUCAACGAGGUUACUCUCUGGUCAACCAUUUAACUCGAUCUUCUUUCAUUAGGCAAUCAUGUCGGUUUAAAAGUUCAACUUCUUCAUCCUCAGUUGAUUCCAAUGGGAAUCCAUUGACUAGUCUUAAACUCUCAAAACCAAUACCUGAUUUUCCUAGGAUUGUUUAUCCUUUGGCUCGAGAUGAAGGUAAUGAGACUAAAGUGACAACAUUGGAAAAUGGUUUAAGAGUUGCCUCUCAACCGAGAUUUGGACAAUUUUGUACAGUUGGUGUGAUAAUUAAUUCUGGUUCUAGAUAUGAGGUUAAUUUUACUUCGGGUAUUUCACACUUUCUAGAGAAAUUAUCUUUCCAGUCAACUGAAAGCUAUAAAUCUCGGGAAGAUAUUUGGAGUGAUCUAGAGAAACAUGGAGGAAUUUGUGAUUGCCAAGGUUCCAGAGAUACUUUAAUUUAUGCUGCUUCUAUUGAUUCUAGAGGACUUGAUGCUGCAAUUAAGAUAAUAUCAGAAGCUGUUUAUUCACCCAAUAUAUUAGACCAUGAAUUAGAAUCUGCAAGACAAACGAUUCAAUUUGAAUUACUAGAUCACACCAUGAGACCAGACCAAGAACAAACCUUAUUAGAGUUGAUUCAUAAAGCAGCUUUUAGUGCCAAUACUUUGGGAUUACCGAGACUUUGUCCACAGGAAAAUAUCAGCAAGAUUAAUCGAGAUGUACUAAUGUCUUACAUCAAAACUUAUCACACUCCUGAUCGGAUUGUUUUAGCUGGUGUGGGGGUUGAUCAUGAUAGAUUUGUCGAUCUUGCUAACAAAUAUUUUGUUGAUGUCAAACCGAUUUGGGAGAAAGAUGAAACAAUCGGUAAAUUGGGAGGAAACAUUGUUCCUGACAAAUCACUGGCUCAAUAUACUGGUGGUCUUGCUACUUUAGACCGAGACUUAUCAACAGUUAAUCAAGGAUUUGCCGAUCUACCAGAAUUAGCUCAUAUUAUCUUGGGAUUUGAAAGUAGUUCUCACCAGAUGAUGGAAGAUUUCAUUCCAAUUUGUGUUCUUAACAUGAUGAUGGGCGGCGGUGGAUCUUUCUCAGCCGGUGGACCAGGUAAAGGGAUGUACACACGAUUAUACACCAAUGUCUUGAAUCGUCACCAUUGGAUGUUCAAUGCGACCGCUUAUAAUCAUGCCUACACUGAUUCGGGUGUUUUCUGUAUCCAUGCCAGUGCACAUCCUUCACAACUUCAAGAAUUGGUUAAUGUAAUUGUCAGUGAAGCCGUUGGAAUGACAGCCAAAAUUUCACCAACAGAAUUGAAAAGAGCCAAGACACAAUUACAAUCAAUGUUACUCAUGAAUUUGGAAGCUCGUCCCGUAGUAUUUGAAGAUAUCGCUCGUCAAGUAUUAGCCAAUGGAUUCAGAAGACCACCUCAAUAUUUCAUCGAAGCAAUUAACAAAGUAACCGAAGACGAUAUCAUCAGAGUUGCUGAGCGAAUGUUAAAAAGUAAAGUCUCAUUAGCAGCAUUAGGGAACCUUAAAUCUUUACCUUCACUUAAAGACGUUGAAUUAUCAUUAACCAACAAAGAAAAUAGAUUCAAACGAUUCUCUGUAUUCUCUUAGUUGUUUUUUUUCUUCCAUUUUUAUUUUGCUGACUGUAAAUUUAAAAAUUGUAAUUCAUAGUAAAACUUAUAUAUAAUAUAGAUUAAAUGAAUGGAAUAGAUGAAAAAA